UGUCGAUCCAUGUCCAGACUGGGAGCCGGUUCAUGGCCGGUUCGCCGGCUGCUCUCUAAAACACAUGUGUAAAUAUUGCCACCUGACGGCGGUUACAAUUGUAAAGAUGGCACAGGGCGUCACGGUGAAAGUCGAGAAGCUCGACGCUUCAGAGAUAGAGCAAAAGAUCGUCGAACUCUGCACGGCCAACCCGACGGGCAUCACGGACAAGAUCGUGCAAAUGCACAUUCCCAACGUUGAACCCACCGUCCGAGUCGCGGCUUUCAACAGCUUGCUGGCACAGGGUAAGCUCGAGAUCCUGAAGCAGAAGAAUCAGCAACUGCUGUAUCGUCUGAAAAACUCUGACGCCGACAACAAAUGCAAGGGCUCCGACAGAGAAGAAAAGGUCGUGUACAAGAUCGUGGAAGAGGCCGGAGACAAAGGGAUUUGGAUUCGCGACAUCCGGAUAAAGAGCGGUCUUGUUUUGACCUCACUGAACAAGAUUUUGAAGAGCCUUGAGAGCAAGAAAUUGAUCAAAGCUGUCAAAUCUGUAUCGGCCUCCAAAAAGAAAGUGUACAUGCUGUACAACCUCGAACCUGACCGUUCUGUGACGGGUGGUGCGUGGUACAGUGAGCAAGAGUUUGAGUCCGAGUUUGUGGAAGUUCUGAAUCAACAGUGCCACAGGUUCCUCGUGAAGAAGCUUGCAGUUGCCAAGGAGACGACAAGUGACCCCUUGUUGGAGAAAAAUGCUUCCUUCGCCUCUUCAAAAGAGGUGUGGGAAUUCAUCAAGAAGCUCGGCAUCAGUAAGGUUCAGCUAAGUGUGGAGGACAUUGAAAUGAUCCUGAACACGCUCAUCUAUGAUGGGAAAGUGGAAAGGACAGUCAUCUGUGGCUCGAGCAGCCUAGGAGGCUCUUCAAAGGACAGUUCUCCUGGAGAAGACUUGGUGAAUCUCUACCGUGCCGUCGAGCCAUUGAUUGACAGCGCGGGCCUUAUGCGCAUGCCCUGUGGAACAUGUCCGGUGAUCCACAACUGCUAUGAGGGUGGUGCGGUUUCCCCAGCUACGUGCCAGUACUUCAAGAAGUGGCUGUCUGAAGACUUCGACGAUAACGGGACGUUUGAGGACGUGUUCUGACAAGAGGAACAGCAGCAACACCUUGUACAGUUAAGAAGACAAAUUAAAACAGUACCAACA